AUGAGCCAGGACCAACAGCUCGACUCGGAGCUCGACUCGUUCCGCCGGCAAUGGUUAUCCGAAGUAAGAGGCCGCAAUGAGCCGCCACCGGACGCCAGGAGCGCUGGACAGCAAGAGCAGCACCAGCAGCACCGGCAGCACCAGCAGCCGACCACCAGGAAGCCAGCACCAGCACCACCCGUCCCCUCAUCGUCGGGUACCCGUCCAGCGUGCACAUCCGUCGACGACCGAGCCUGCGACGAUGUCCACGUCCAGAGCCUUUCCUUUGACGAGCCUCCACCGAGGCCGCCAGGACCGACGAUUGGCCGAGGCGGUGACGACGAGGCCAGCAGGGAGCUCGUAUCUGCCCUGGACCACUUCGAGGAGGCCAUGGAGCGGGAGGCCCAGGGCAACAUGGGCGAGAGCCUGAAGCUGUACCGUAGGGCCUACAAGCUCGACAAUGGUGUCGACAGACGCUACAGGGAGAAGCACUUCCCAGCGAGCAGGCUCAAGACGUCGAAGCCCGCGCCGGCCGCACCUCCGCCCCAACCGUCCGGGUCGGAACCGUCCAGGUCGGAACCGUCGAGGGCGGGAGGGGACGUGGAGGAGAAGAGAGGAGGUGCCGUCAAGGCCGCGGAAGACCAGCCACCGCCGCCGCCGCCGCCGGCCCCCAUAGCCGACCUCCUACAGACCUUCUCGGGCCUGUCGAUUGAGCCGGUGCCCCCCGAGGUCGAGGGCAUGCCGCAGCCGCCGUGCCCUAUCUCGGACCUCCCCGAGGAGCUGCUAGUUCACGUGAUGCGGGACGUUGCCGUGGCCGACGUGGCCGACUUUGCGCGCCUGUCGCUCGUCUGUAGGCGGAUGGCGUACCUGGUCUCGACGGAGCAGCAGAUAUGGCGACGUGUCAGCGAGGGCGACGAGUUCGGCUUCGCCGCCAUGCACCACCGGUACGCCGUCGGGAUAGACUGGAAGGACAUGUCGGCCGAGGACGAGGGCGAGGGCGAGGACGAGGACGGGGGGAGGAACGGCGCCCCGACGAUGAUCCUGGACGGGGACGGCACCGUCCUGACGUCCCGGGAGAUGCGGUCCCGACUGGCCGCCCGGUCGGCCGAGGUGACGCGCUCCCUCGUGCCGUCGCCGUCGUACCCGGACUGGCGGUCCCUGUUCCGCAGCCGGCCCCGCAUCCGCUUCAACGGCUGCUACAUCUCGACGGUCAACUACGUGCGCUCCGGCGCCCUGUCCACCAACCAGGCCACGUGGGGCGGAAGCCCCAUCCACAUCGUCACCUACUACCGCUACCUGCGCUUCUUCCGCGACGGCUCCGCCAUCAGCCUCCUCACCACCGACGAGCCGCGCGACGUCGUCCAUCACCUCACCAAGGAAGAGGUCGAGCUCGUCCGGGACAGGAAGCAUCACCAUCUCCAUCAUCAUCACGGUCACGGUCACGGCCAUGGCCAACAGAGCCAGGAGACCUCCGCUCCCGCCGCACUCCCCACACCGGUCAUGAGCCUGGCCCUGAAAGGUCGAUGGCGCAUAUCGCCCAGCCGAGACCUGUCGGUGCAGGGGGGAGUGGAGGAGGAUGAGGAGGAGGAAGGCAACGUCUAUGUCGAGACAGAGGGUGUGGGUCCAAAGUACAUGUACAGGAUGGACCUGAGCCUGCGCAGCGCCGGCAAGGCGGCCGCCCGGAAUAACAAGGUGGUCUGGAGGGGCUUCUAUAGCUACAAUAAGCUGACGGACGACUGGGCCGAGUUUGGCUUGAAGAAUGACAGGCCUUUCUUCUUCAGUCGCGUCAAGAGUUAUGGUCAUUAG